CACAUGAUUAUCCAUGUAAACAGAAUGAUUUCCCACUUCAGUAGACUAUCCGAUAUUAGAUUAUUUAUUUAUUAUCCUGUGAGUCGUGCAAAUGUAUGAAUGAUAAAAAGCGGCUUGGUGAUGGUGCUGGUUUUGCUACGCAGUGUAGAACGCGCACUGCACAGAUUAGCCAAUUGCGUCGCAGGGUCGUGCGCGAGGAGGAGGGGGCUGCCAACCGAUAGACCAACCGAGCCAGGAACCGCUCACAUCACAUUCUUCGUCUCAUCAGAGCGGGGUGAAUUACCUACCCAGCAUACAACAUCACGUAGCUAGCUAGGUAAUUGGACCUCUGACUAAACGAUACAAAUAGCGACCUAAACCUCUCGAUUUACUAGCUAGCUAGCUAGCUAUCAUUUUCAUUUACUGUCAUCCAUGAGAUUCUUCAGGCUAUCCUUCAAGUGCUUCGUCGACUGCUUUUGAAUUCCCUCUCCCCAACGUCUGACGCGACGCUUUGUAAAUAUUCAAUUUCUUGUUGAAGGGCACCAACUCGUUAUGAUAAAUUAAAAAAUAUACAUAUUUUUUGAUAACAAGAAGACGAAAAAUCAACCAAGGAAAUAACUGGAGAACUGCAUAGUCUCUCUCUCUCUCUCUCCCUCUCUCUCUCUCUCCUCUCUCUGAGACGCACUGAGUAUCUUGAUAGCGUCACUAGCUGCUAGCUAGCUGCACUUGGCUCUACCCACCUACCCGGGUUAUUUAAACCUAAUCAAUCAACAUGUCGCCAGAAGUGGAAGAGAACUCCCCAGGUGAUGUGCGGCUCUCCCAGAUGGAAGCAGGGAUUCCAUCAGAGGAGGAGGGUGGUGUGGCUCGCCCCCUAGUCCCUGUGCCUGGGGUUGGGGCGGGGUCAGGGGGGUGUGAGGGAGGGGGAGGACAGACCCAAACACAGCCUCAGGUCCAGGCUACAGCAGUACCAUAUGUGGAGAGAGAGACCUGGACCAGACAGAUGGACUUCAUCAUGUCCUGUGUGGGCUUCGCUGUGGGGCUGGGCAACGUGUGGCGCUUCCCUUACCUCUGCUACAAGAACGGUGGAGGCGUGUUCCUGAUCCCCUACAUGAUUAUUGUGUUCAUCGGAGGUAUUCCCGUGUUCUUCCUGGAAAUCGCUCUUGGUCAGUUCAUGAAGCAAGGAGGGGUCUCUGCAUGGAACAUUGCCCCUCUCUUUAAAGGUCUUGGCCUGGCCUCCAUGGUGAUAGUGUUCUUCUGUAACACCUACUACAUUAUGAUCCUGGUGUGGGGCCUGUACUUCCUGCUUCACUCCUUCACCAACCCGUUACCCUGGGCUACCUGCGGACACCCCUGGAACACCCUCAACUGCACCGAAAACUUCCGCCGGGCUUGCCACAACCGCAGCGCCCUGCCUCUCCUCUCCUCCACCCCCGAUCCCUCUAACCCCACCUCCCUCCUCUCGUCCAUGGUAUCCUCCCCACUCAACCUCUCAUCCUCUACUCUGCUCCUCUUCAACGGCAGCUGCGUGGAACCAGAGGGCAUGCGCUCGCCAGUCAUUGAGUUCUGGGAGCGUAAGGUGCUGCGUCUCUCUGGUGGUCUGGAUGAGCCUGGUGACAUCAGCUCUCACAUGGUCCUCUGUCUGAUCGCCACCUGGGUUAUUGUUUACUUCUGCAUCUGGAAGGGAGUCAAAGGCACAGGCAAGGUAGUGUACUUCACAGCUCUAUUCCCUUACCUGGUCCUGGUGGUUCUGUUGGCCCAUGGUGUAACCUUACCUGGAGCGCUGGAUGGGAUUGUGUACUACCUGAAACCAGACUGGUCCAAACUCUGGGAAGCCCAGGUGUGGAUCGAUGCUGGCACUCAGAUCUUCUUCUCCUAUGCUAUUGGUCUGGGUGCUUUAACUGCCCUGGGCAGCUACAACCGCUUCCACAACAACUGCUACCAAGAUGCGUUUGUUCUAGCCAUGAUCAACAGUGGGACUAGUUUCUUUGCCGGGUUUGUGGUGUUCUCAGUGCUGGGCUUCAUGGCUGCAGAGCAGGGGGUCGACAUCAGCAAGGUGGCCGAGAGUGGUCCAGGCCUGGCCUUCAUAGCCUAUCCCAAGGCUGUGACUCUGAUGCCUAUGGCUCCAGUCUGGGCAGCACUCUUCUUCUUCAUGCUGCUUGUACUGGGCCUGGAUAGCCAGUUUGUUGGGGUGGAGGGCUUCGUCACAGGGGUCAUGGACAUGCUACCACCCAAAUCUAUGGCGGGCUCGCUGCGUCGCGAGGUUGUCGUGGCGAUAUGCUGCAUCACCUGCUUUUUCAUCGACCUCUCCAUGGUAACAGAGGGAGGGAUGUAUGUGUUCCAGCUGUUUGACUACUACUCUGCCAGUGGGAUCACUCUGCUCUGGCAGGCCUUCUGGGAGUGUGUGGUGGUGGCCUGGGUCUAUGGUGCAGAUCGUUUCAUGGAUGAUGUGGCUCGUAUGAUUGGCUACCGGCCGAUGCCCUACAUGAAGUGGUGCUGGUCCUACAUCACACCCCUUGUUUGUGUGGGAGUGUUCCUGUUCCACGUGGUGAACUACAAGCCCCUGACCUAUAACUCGGUGUAUACGUACCCCUGGUGGGGCGAGGCGCUGGGCUGGUGUCUGGCUCUCUCCUCCAUGCUCUGCAUCCCCAUCACGGUCCUCUACAAACUACUGCGCUGCAAGGGAUCCUUCACAGAGCGUUGGCAGCACCUGACCACUCCGGUGUGGGGUCGACACCACAUGGAGUACCUGGCUCCUGAGUCUGAAGCCAAACUGCUGCCCCCUAAUGGCCAUACCAAGAACACCUUGCUGUUUGAGAGUGUCAUCUGACCGUCUGAGCCCCACAGAAUCCACCCCCUCCCCCUCCUUUCCCACUCAGAGCCCUCCGUCCCAAACACACACUCAUGACCUUAAUCACACACACUUACACACACACAGAAACCCAUAAAUGCACAGGAAGGCCACUCUGAAACCGAUCAAACACACACACUGUACACACUGAACAGCCCUGGACCAAUGGACCAAAGAAAAGAUGGGACAAGAGCUCAAAUA